GCCGCUACUACUCUUGCUGGCUACGUCCAUUGCACUUAUAAUAUCGCUGUUGUAUGCCCGCUGGCUUAUUGAGCAGACUGAGGAUGGCCUGGCGCUCUAGCGGAUCGACGAACUCGGAGCUCAUCGCGAACAUGGCGAAGAACGGGAUAUUCAGCGCGACGGAGGUGCAGACGGCCAUGGCGAAAGUCGACCGGGCGAAUUACGUGGUGAACAAGCGCGAUGCAUACGUGGAUGCGCCUUCGCCCAUCGGACACGACGCGACGAUCAGCGCGCCGCACAUGCAUGCGUACGCGACGGAGUACCUCCUCCCGUUCCUCAAGCCCGGCGCUAAGGUACUCGACGUCGGCUCCGGAUCCGGCUACCUCUGCGCGGUCUUCCACCACAUCGUCGCGGAGCAGGGGAAGGUCGUCGGCAUCGAUCAUAUCCCCGAGCUCGUCCGGUGGUCGGUCGAGAAUCUGAAGAGGGACGGCCUCGGGCAGGCGCUCGAUAGCGGGGCGAUCGAGGUCGUGUGCGGCGACGGGAGGCAAGGGUACGCGAAUGCCGGGCCUUACGACGCGAUACACGUUGGCGCCGCGGCGCCGACGCUGCCGCAGCCGCUCGUGGACCAGCUCGCGGCUCCGGGAAGGAUGUUCAUUCCCGUUGGCGAUGUGGCGCAGGUUAUCCUGCUAGUGGAUAAGGACGCGCAGGGGAACGUGACGAAGAAGGAGCUGAUGGACGUGAGGUACGUGCCAUUGACGGAUCGGAAGAAGUGAAGGUCCUUGUGAUCAAAAAAGAUGUGGAGUGUAUGAUAAUGCGGGAUGGCGAACGAUAUGAACGACUGUUUCGGAAUGCGCGCACAUAUCCGCUCCACGCUAGCGACAAAUUGCAACCA